UUUCAGGCUUGAAAUUCUAGUCAGGCUUCAAUCAUUACCUCCGCUAUGUCGCUUGACAAGUUGGUGCUGUAUUCUUACUUCAGGAGCUCUUCUGCGUGGAGAAUCCGAUUAGUUCUGGCGAUGAAAGGCGUGGAGUACGAGUACAGCGCCGUGAACCUACUCAAGGGAGAACAGACAGGCGAAGAUUUCCUCAAGCUGAACCCACUGGGACAGGUGCCGGCGUUGCUCACCGAGGGUCAGGUCAUCACACAGUCGGCGGCUAUUUUCGAGUACCUGGAGGAAAAAUAUCCGGAACCUGCGCUGCUACCCAAGGACAAGCUUCUCAGAGCUAAGGUACGAGAAGCGUCGCAAGUGAUCGUGGCUGGCAUCCAGCCCCUGCAGAACCUGAAGGUGAUACAGGCUCUGCCUGAGGAACAGCGCAAACCCUGGGCCGCAGACGCGAUUAUCAAAGGCUUCACUGCGCUAGAGAAGCUCCUGGAGAAGUCGUCUGGCAAGUACUGCGUAGGCGACGCAGUGAGCUGGGCCGACUGCUGCCUGGUGCCGCAGAUAUUCAACGCUGGCCGGUUCGGCGUGGACAUGGCAGCGUUCCCCAUCAUUAGCCGCAUCGGCGCGGCGCUAGGGGAGCUAGAGGCGUUCAAGGCGGCGCACCCUACCCAGAUGAGCGACUGCCCCGCUGACCUCAAAUGAUGCCACCUUUUAUGAAAAAAAAAACAGAUUUACUGAAGUGGAAAUUACGAUCACAAUUGUAAAUCACAGGAAACUUGAUUAAAAUGAAAUAAAUUGAAAUUUAAUCUGACUUCUAAUAAUGCUGCCUUUAGAAUGCCAACGGAAAACCAGUUAACUAAAAAUACGUUCACAACGGUAAAUAGCAGGGAACUUACACAGGUCGAAACAUCACUGUUCAAUAUGACCUCAAUGAUAUCGCCACAUAAAUGCAAAUAUGAUUGAGUGAAGUAAAAAUUACGCCCGAAAUUGUAACUCAGUGGAAAAUAAAUAGAAAAUUACAAAUAA